AUGGCACAGGCUGCGUCCAAAACGUGUGAGAUAUGUGUGUCUAGUCCUGGACAUAACUAUUGCGAACAGUGUGACCAGCUGUUUUGUGAUGGAUGUAAAAUAUCUCAUUUACGGACAAAAAUGAGUAAAGACCAUACAUUUCUAAGUGGCCCGAAUAUAAACCCGGAAGUUAAACAAUAUUGUAAAGAACAUGAUGAAACAUUUAUAUAUUACUGCAUGGAAUGUGAUUCGCCGAUAUGCAAAAUAUGUGUGAUUAAAAAACACAAAUUGCAUGACUUUGCUGAAAUCAAAGAAACAACUGACGGAAUCAAAGCUGAGGUCAAAAAGGGAAUGGACAUGAAGAUGGAACACCUACAGUCAAAGAUAGCUGAUAUUGACCAAGGGUCUAAUCAAUAUCAGGCUGAUGUUAAUGGAGUCAUCAAUGCUAUACGAGAGGAAGGGAGACACUUGAAAGAGCUGAUUGAUAAGAGAGUUGAAAAUCUAGUUAAAUCGGUGAAAGAGAAAGAAACAAAAAAUCUUCAAAUUUUGAGGUCCAUUGAAAAUGAGAAUAAAACAACUUUGGAAAAAGCAAAGGAGCAGCAGAAGGUCUCGCAGGGGAUAACAGAUACCACGAAACUAUUUCAAAAGCUAAAACAAAUUAGGUCACAAAUCGAUAAAAGAGAAGAAAUACAGAUACCUAUUUUGCCAUCAGUCAAAUAUGUUAGACAAAAAGUAGCAGAGAGUGAAAUAGAAAAACUGUUUGGGGAAUUAAAACUUGGGUAA